CAAACGGCGCCGCGCGCUUUUCUCGCUAAGCCCCGCCCCCUGCCCCGCCCGCGUCCUGCCGUGCUCUGCCGCGGACCAGGGCGCUUCCUGGACGCCCGGUUCUUCCCGGUGACUCUGGAGGCGUUUGGGAACGGACCGGACGCCUCAGAGACUGUCUUCCAGCAUCCCUCUUCUUUCGGGAGUUGUGAGGCGUGAGGACGGAGACGACGGUGGGCGCCGGAGCCGGUGUAAGGAAAUAAAACAUCAAAAGUAGUGAGCUUACGACCAUUUCUGUGGUGUACUGUUUGAGUACACAAAUCUGAGAAACACUAAGGAUAAAAUUAAUUUUGGAAUAAGAGAAACUGGAAAAGUUGGAGAAGAUAAAAGCAUAUCCAGUAUCCUUAUCAGGAAACCAACAAAAUAGCCCAGGUUGGCAUCUAACCCAUGGAGAUCUUUCUGCCUCAGCUUUGAGUGACAGGAAUACUGGAAAUGCACAAUUUUGAGGAUGAGUUAAUGUGUCCCAUUUGUUACAGUAUUUUUGAAGAUCCUCGUAUUCUACCAUGCUCUCAUACAUUUUGUAGAAGUUGUUUGGAAAGUGUUCUUCAGGCAUCUGGUAAUUUUUAUAUAUGGAGACCUUUAAGAAUUCCACUCAAGUGUCCUAAUUGCAGAAGUGUUACUGAAAUUACUCCAACUGGUAUUGAAUCUUUACCUGUUAAUUUUGCAUUAAGGGCUAUUAUUGAAAAGUACCAGCAAGAAGACCAUCCAGACGUCAUUUUCUGCCCAGAACAUUAUAAGCAACCAUUAAAUGUUUAUUGUCUACUAGAUAAAAAGUUAGUUUGUGGUCACUGCCUUACUGUAGGUCAACAUCGUGGUCAUCCUAUAGAUGACCUUCAGAGUGCCUAUCUGAAAGAAAAGGACACACCUCAGAAACUGCUGAAACAGUUAACUGACACACAUUGGACAGAUAUUACUCAUCUUAUUGAAAAGCUAGAAGAACAGAGGUCCCAUUCUCAGGAAAUGGUCCAGGGCAAUAAAGAAGCUGUUCUCCAGUAUUUUGAAGAGCUUACUGAUACAUUAGAACAGAGGAAAAAAAGUUUGAUAACAUCUCUUUGUGAUGUUGGCAACCUGAUAAAUCAAGAAUAUACUCCACAUAUUGAAAGGAUGAAAGAAAUAAGAGAACAGCAGCUUGAAUUAAUAACACUGACAACGUCUUUACAAGAAGAGUCUCCACUUAAAUUUCUUGAAAAAAUCGAGAACAUCUGCCAGCGUGUGCAGGUCUUGAAACAAAGACCACUCAUGGAGGUCCAACCUGUUGAAAUUUAUCCUCGAGUAAGCCAAGUAUUAAAAGAAUGGAGCAAAACAGAAAUUGGAGAAAUUAAGAAAGCUCUCAUUCCUGAAAUGAAACUUUCUUCAAUAAGGAUGCCACCUUCCUGGUCUGAUAAAAAAGUUGAAUUUUUUCAAAUUUUAAGCAUUUCGGUGUUGUUAAUAUUGAUACUCUUUUUCUGCCAGUAUGUAAUAGCCUUCUUAAAUGACAUAUCUUCAGUGUGUUUUUCUGAAAUCUCUUACCAAAGUUUAUCUAAUGAUUUGCAUGAUUUAAAAAACAUGCUAUGCCAUACUUUAUAUUUGUUAAAGGAAUUUAUUUGGAAAAAUUUCUCCUUGAAAAUUUGAAUCUAAAUUAAUUGGGCUUAUUCUGUACAAAAGGCUAUUGCUAACUGGAGAAAUAGAAGGUGUAAGUGGUAAACUAAAUGAGUCCCAGCAAACUAAAAACUUGCUAGACCUCCCAUGCUUCCGUUGAAGAUGGUUCAGCAGUGAAAAUUCAAAUCAUUAGAUAUUGGUAAUCAGUAAUCAUUUGUAUUGGCUUGAAUGUUGACUUAAUGCUGCUGACAUUUAAAUAUUGUACUGCUGUUGUCUAUUACAUAUGUUACUGGUGUCUAUGUAUAUAUCUAUGGUUUAGAUUAAAGUGGAAAAUCCUCAAAAUACACGCCUUUAUUUCCUUGUGGCUUGAAGCUUUUGAAUGUGUGAAUAAGGAGGGUAAAAAGAGGCUUAAACCACACAAGCAAAUUUUAAUGAUAUAACCCUAUUUAAAAAAUUUAAAAAGCAAAAUAAAGCAUAAUCUUGACAAUU